AGAGCAGCAGCUGAUCACUCAGCCCGGGUCUGAGACUCUUCCAUCACUGUUCCAUCACUGUUCCUCCUGUACAAACUCCUCAGUAUCUGAUCAUCAUGGCGCUGCAGGGCAGUGGGUGCUGGGUCUGGGUGCUUUGGGUGGCACUGUGGGUGAGAUCGUGCCACUGUGAGGCUGUAGAGGCAGUGCAGGGGGAACCGUGGCAGGAAGAGAGGGAGGACCAGGGGGUUCUGGUGCAGGUUUGGGUGCAGCAGGAACCCAGCAGCAGUCCGGUGGUGUUACAGGGAGAACUUCUGGGUCAGGAGGAACGUGGUCCAGAACAUCCUGCCAACACAGAGCAGGAACUGCAGGGAGAUCUCAGGCUGAUGAAAGAGGAACAUGAGGAGACGACGAGUGAUGAUGAUGGUGAUGAAGAUGAUGGUCAGAGCUCAAAGCCCUGGAUAGGUGUGGUACCAGUCCAAAUGCAGGAGGGAACAAAUCAGGAAUCGUUCGCUUCUGCUGUCGUUAACAAGAUGAAGAGAGCGUUGGUGCUGGGAGCGUCUGCACUCAUCAUCCUGGUGUUAAACCAGAACAGCAUGAGAGAGAUGGAUCUGUCUCAGGUUCUCUCAAAACCCAUCAUCAUCAUCCAGAACACGGAGAACGUCACCAAACUGUUCAGCGUUCUGCUCAGGAGUCUUCAUGCCACCGCGAGAAUCACAUACAGAACGUUCCUACAGAACAACAUGGGUGCGACUCUUACCCUGUGGUCGAGCUGCGGUCGCUCCAGAUGGGGCCGUUUCGGGGAGUGGCAGGGCGUGGUCUGUACCGGAGAGACCAACUCACCUGUACAGAAGUAUCUGCAGCAGCUGUGGAACACGGUGGUGUUGAUCGCUCUCAUCCUCUCCACCGGCGUGAUGGUGCAGGCCCGGUGGCAGUACCAGGACCACCAGCUGGAUGACCACCUACAGCUUCACCCCAAACAGGAGCUGCUGAACAAACUGUCAGUGUUAAAGACCAGAAGAUACCGAACGAAAGCGCACACGGCUCAACCGGAUACAGACGCCUGUGCUGUGUGUUUAGAGCAGUACACACACAACCAGUGUUUACGGGUGUUACCGUGUCUACAUGAGUUCCACAGGGACUGUGUGGAUCCGUGGCUCCUCCUGCAGCAGACGUGUCCUCUCUGUAAACGCUGCGUCCUCGGUAACCUGUGCUGACUCGAUGACCUGUAGACGUCAGUACGAGGACGGCUUCUCCAGGUCUGCUGUAAAUACGACCUCAGGGCGGCGGCGUGUGUGUGUGAACGACUCGGAUCUACAGACCGAUGGUGUCUGAACCAGAGGAAAGAUCCUACCGACCCCCCCGUGCCCCGAAUCUGAGGGUCCUGGACCACAGUUACAGCGCCGCAGCUUUAGAGUGAAGAGGAGAUCAUAUUGUAAUGAAAUAUACAAACCCCCCUGUUUCAAAAAAAGUUGGGACGGUAGCAAAAAUGCCAAAUAAAAUCAAAUACAUUUAUGAUAAA